AUGUUGUUAUCUCCAGCUGAAAGGCAAUACUUGUAUGACUCGCUAAGUCAGUCGCCUAUCAUUAGACCCGACUCGAGGUCUGAACAUCAGUUUCGUCCUUUAGAGGCCACAACGUCCUUUUUGCUAGGAUCGAAUGGGUCUGCACGAAUAAGGUUAUCCGACGGAAGCGAAAGUAUAAUCAGUAUCAAGUCGAAAGUGAUUUCGUUUGAUACCAAAACAAUGCCUCCUCAUUUGAUAGAGAUAGACAUUGACAUUAUAGGGUAUAGAGACGAUUCAAACUAUGUGGCAAACUUGAAGUUUCAACUUUGUAAUUUGCUAGAGCAAAACUUCCCCAUUGAAGUAUUGAAGUUGACGUCACGUUAUACGUUUAAAUUGUUUAUUGACUGUAUUGUUAUUAGUCACCUGUCAUAUCCAUUGAGCCUAAUUAGUUUUGGCACCUAUCUAGCUUUGAAAACUAUGAGGCUACCUUUAUUAGUGAGCGAUGUACAUGACGAAAAAGUGGCUGAACUACCAACAUUUUCAGACGAUUGGGGUAACGCAAGAUUGCUAGAGGACAUUCUAGAGGAAAAGGGCGUAUCGCAUGAUUUCCAGCCGCCUAUUUUGAUUACUGUUGGUGUUAUUGGUAACAACUUAAUAUUCGACCCAUCUGUGGAAGAAGAACAAGUUUUGGAAAAUGGUUUGAUUGUGAGUUUCUCUAAUGGGAAAGUAAUUACACCAAUUGUCAAUGCCAAUUUCUCAAGCAAUAACAAUUUGAAAGGCUUGAAUAAAGCAUUGAUUGUAAGGUCAUUGUCGAUGUGCAAUAAGUAUUGCCCCGCGAUUAUCAAAGCAUUGGAUACUUUAGUAGAGCAAGAUGGUGACAAUAAUGAGGAGUCUAUAUUUUAA